GUUGUCAACAGAGCAAGAAGAGUAAUAUCCGUCGCGUUUGUAUACCGCUAAAGACUGCAUGAAAGUGAAAGUACACGCUCGUCUACUACCAUCACGCCAUGCCGACAUCGAUCAGCCAUUGCAGCUAUCCCAGUUGACCCAUCCGUUUCUUACCUCCGUUCUCGGACCAGAGAAAAGGAACUCCGACGUCUACAGAACUAUAGCCAUCACCGGAGAUCUUGUCAACAAAUUUUUGUCUGGUUUCCAUGCUUCUCUUAUUGUAUUUGGUGAAUCAGGGUCGGGAAAGAGCUACACUCUCGGCCUCGAGCGUCAGACAUUCGAAGAGGGUUUUCUCUUGUCGUUUUUCUCGGAUACGUUCGGUACGAUGAGAGGCAGAACUGCGCGCUUUGAGAUGACGAUGACGGAGCUCUACAGCGAAACGUUUCGCGACCUGUUCCGUCCUCAAGAUGCGAAGACAACCAGCAGCGAGGUGAUCGACGUCGAAUACGACAUGUUGAGGGGACCCUACAUGCGCAAUCUGACGCGUGUCGCAGUGGAGAGUAGAGAUCAGUGUAGAGAGUUGUUUCUGGAGGGUUUAGAGAGGAGAAGAAACGAUGAGAGAGAGUUUGGAUUGGUUAGGCAUUUUAGCACACUCAUACUCACUGUCCAUAUGUCUCAGCUUGGUGUUUCAUCGACAUUCAGUAUGUUUUGUUUGGCUGGCGCUGAACGACUUGUUGCUUCAUCAGAGACAAUUCGUCUUCACGAGGGACCUCAUUUAAGUCACUCUAUUUUGAAGUUUGAACGUUUGGUCAACGAUUUAUGUGAAUCGAUGUCAUCGACUCCGAGACAAGUUGUUCGAUAUGACGAUUCAAAGUUGACUCAACUGCUGGUUGAUGUGCUUGGAGGUAACAGUGUCACAUACGUUCUCUGCACAUUGAAACCACAAAACAGCAAAGUAUCUGAAAAUGUGCUUCGUAUUGCACAGCGUAUUGCUCAGAUUGAAAACUUUCCCAUAGAAAACACAGAAGAUGCUAAGCAACUUGUAGCUCAGUAUAGAACUGCUGUUGAAUACUACAAAACAGAACAUAGUGGCAGAGAACGAGAGAUUGGUCCAAGUGACUCUCGUAGACAAGAAAGUCGUGGAACGAGGGGAACAAGUCGUCUUGCUGGGAAAGACCACACACUGCAAUUAGAAAAAGAUGUUGUAAAGUUGAGAGAGGGUAACAUGAGGCUGGAAGUGACUGUGGGUAGACUAAGGCAGCAGUAUGAUGAAAUGAGCCGAGAAAAGACAAAAAUCUCAUCUGAACUGAUUGAAAGUGAAGAAGAAAAGAUGAAGUUAGCGCAGACUCUCAUCGACAUGCAGCUGGAAAAGAAUCAGUCGGAGAAAGAAGCAUUGGAAAGACAACAUCAGUUGGAAACCGAGAUUUUGCAACUGAAAAAUGAGACUGAGAUUCUCCAUGAAGACAUCAAGAAAUCAUCUCAGGCAGCCGAAGAUGCCGAAAUGAAACGUAAGGAGAUGGAAGUCGACAAGCAAGAACUAAGAGACGAACACAUAGCUCUUAAUGCUGGCUACGUGUCUAUUAGGGAGAAAUUGCAGGCUGAGCAAAGAAAGAAUGAAGAACUAGGAAUGGAAAUUAUCAACUUGGUCAAUGCUAAAUCAGUACUCACGCAACUUAAUGAUCAAUGCAAAUCUGAAAUAGACAAACUAAGGGCUCAAGAAGAAGCUUUGACAUCCCAAGCCUUUGAUCGUCAACAAUAUGGACAGUCUGCAGAGCACGAAGUGCACAAAUUGCAAGCAGCAAUGAAUCAAAGCAUGUCGGAAGCUAUAGCUGUCAAGAUGGACAUGGUGCAGAAGGUGACAGCACUGGAAGGAGAGAAACGCGAAUUAGAGAAACAGGUAUUAGACUUGUCUGCUCAUCAGAACUCUGACUUGUAUGCAUUGAAAACACAAUACGAACAAGACAUCAGGAAGAGAGAAGAACAGAUUCGCAGCAGUCAAACUGAAUUGUUUGAAGCAAGAAAGGCACUGAGAAAAACAAAACAGAAAUUGGAGGCUACCUCUGAGGAGCUAGUGAGUUUGAGUAGUGUGAAGGCAGAAAAAGCUCAAUUGGAGAACAAACUUACUCAUCUGAUGGACGAAUUUCGACAGCGUUUGGAGCGAUACAUUCAGGAUCUGACGAAGUUUGUCAGUGGUAUGCGUGGCUACAGUGACGGUACCACAGAAUCUAGUCUGAAACACUUUAUUGAAGCAAUGUUUUCUGACAUCAGAGCGACACACGAGAAUCGUGCUCACGAACUAGAGAAACAAAAUAAAGAAAUAAAGCAGACAAUGAACACUGUUGCUCAUCGUCAUAACCAAUUAAGAUCUUCAUACAAACUCUUACAGGAGACGUUGUCUGAUAUGGGUGUUGAGGCAUCGGAACCACAUGAAACAGAGUUUAGUCUUCCUUCUGGCUUUGAAUUAGAAUCAUCUGGGAGUAACAAUGUUCGAGAACUGCAAGGCGCUCUAGAAAAAACCAAACUAGACUUGUCAGCAGCCAAGGAGCAGUCUCUCGCUGCUGCUGAACAUCAUCGUCGUGUGGUACAUCAGAUGCAGCAGGAGAUGGCGAAGAUAGUCGAAGGAGCUCGUAGUGAGUUGGAUCGGAAGCUUGCGAUGAGCUCUUCGAGCAAAGACAAAGAACUCGUGGAGCAACAGAAGACAAUAAGCGAGUUACAAUCAUCUCUUGCAUCUGAAUCAGCUCAUCGUAAGGCUGAAGCUAGUUUGUCACGUGUCCCAGGUUUGGACUCUUACCUGGGAAGAAGCACAAAACCAGACAAAAGCUUCAGUGAUCUUAGACGACAAUUGAAGGAAUUUACGGCUACUACACAGCAUGAAUUGGAAAUGGAGCGAACGAGGUUGAAAACCCAGCUUGUUGUUGCAGAAGAAGAGCUUGCAAGAUACAAGGAAUUCGUAGCCAAUCGCCUUACCAGGUUGUAUAUUGAGCGAGGCUCCACUGGCCUACUUGCACAGAAAGAAGACAAAUAGUUGGUUAAGAAAGGCAGAGUAGAGUAUUAUGUAACUGAAGUAUUUUGUCCUACAUGCCACAAUCUGCAAGUGUAGAUAUAUAAUAUGAUAUAUUGUACAUUAUAUUGUAGUUGUAAUGCAUCUACAUGUGAUAUGCUGGCUGACCCAAAUGGGGUAGGGAAUGCAAGAGUAGUGAGCUGGAGGUGUUUAUAUCUUGUCGUGUGGCAAGACAUUUUAUUGACCUCAAUUGAUAAAUUGCCAUAAAUCAAUGCCAGUCUUUACUAGUCUCGCGCAGCCAGCCUCUCCCCCUUUUAUCACUAUGGUCGUGGACCUGUUGCUUCAAAUCGCUAAAGUACUGUUGAAGUAUUUGACAAACUUGUUCCACAGUGUAAGAU